GGAUUAAUAUAUACGCAAUUUUUGCCUUUAAUGGAUACAGAUGAAAGUCUGUACUGUAUAUCGGCGUGGAAUGAUCAGGGUUAUGAUCACACAUGUAAUGAUCCUGCAUUGUUAUAUCGUGUAGAAACAAUGCCUGGUUUAGGCUGGUUGCUCAAACGACGACUUUAUAAAGAAGAACUUGAGCCAAAAUGGCCAACCCCUGAUCUCUUUUGGGAUUGGGAUAUGUGGAUGAGGAUGGACAGCAACAAAAAGGGACGUGAAUGUAUCAUUCCGGAUAUCUCAAGAACCUACCAUUUUGGCGCCAAAGGCCUGAAUAUGAAUGUAUUUUUUCAAGAAUCCUAUUUCAAAAAACAUACGUUGAAUACUGAACCUAACGUUAAGUUUAAUGUUGGAUUGUUGAAAAAAGAAAAUUAUGAGAAGGAGAUUGAACGGCUUGUAGGGUUGGCAGAGCCGUUGGAUCACAGUAAAAUCCUUGCAAGAACGAGAAAGACUUUGUUCCAGAAACAUCUGAUAAAACAUAUAUAUUUUAUAUUGAAAUGAAACAUGCUAACGACUGGACAACAUGGAAUAAUAUAGCGAGAUGUUUACGAAUCUGGGACUUAGAUGCUCGAGGAUUUCAUAAAAGCAUGUGGAGAUUAUGGUUAAAGGGUAAUCACGUGUUAAUUGUUGGAUCACCGGCUUCACCUUACGCCAAACAUAAACCAAUUAACGUAAAACCUAUUUUCAUUCCUAAAAAAUCGGAGACUGCGUGAUCAUCUUUGAUUAGAGAUAUCAUUCGUUUAUCAUGCGGGAUUUAAGCUAAAUGAAUGUGGGAAAUCUUGAAGUUUAAAAACUUUAAUGUAAAUGUGAUUGGAUAAAUUUUCAUCAUGGUUUGAUCAAGGAAAUGAACUCGUUGAACAAGGAAUAUAAGAGGAAAAAGAUAACUUUCAAUUUGUUCAGUUUUACUGUUAAUAAUGUAAUUUUAAGGAUUACAACCACGGAAAAGAAACAAUCGCGCUUUUCCCACAAAACAUUUACCGCAUUUGAAAGUCCUGCUAUCGUUACAUCGCUAAAGAUAAUUAUUUGAAAACGAACUUACCUCUCAUUCUUUCCCUUUGUCCCAUCCUAUUAGGAUUGCUAAAAUGAAUCACUUGCUACCAUUUAGUUCUGUCAAUAAAAUUCUCUCGUUAAAUUAUUA